CGAGAACUUUUCUUCGAAAUCCGAUAAAAGAUCGGUAUCACAUUUCAUAACGACGCUCACGAUGAAAAUUUCGCAGUGACCCACAUUUUUUUUAUAUUUUUUAAUCCAAGACUAAAUUAUUUCAGUGUGUUCAAAACCUUUGCAACUCAGUUGAGUCUAUACUUUGAUUUCGGCUUCAUUACAAUAAGAUAAUGCUGGCGAAGAAUACGCUUUUCCGAGCACCGGCCGCAUUGAGGAGCGGAAUAGCCUUAAGGGCUAACCAGGUGCGUGGCAUGGAGACGCUGUACGAUCCGUACGAAGAUGGGGUGCCCCAAAUGCCGGGCCAGAGAAAGGAUCUGAAGAAGAACAAACCGGUGGACAAGACGAAGGUGCCGCUGAAGGACAUCUGCUGGAUUGCGAUGCGGCGCUCGGAGUACAAGUGCCGCUCCGAUCCCGAGUUCAAUGUGCCGGCCUUCAUCGACUCCCGCAAGAGAUGCCUCGGUGGUCCCUGUGCGAGUUCCUAUCCGCCGACGGAUCUCACCCUCUACAAGCCUUCCGACAAGCUGAGCAAGAAGUAUCAGCGCACCUGGUGCGAGUGCGAGCUGGAGGAGCGGAAGAGGAAGGCCGUCUGCCGCUGCCGUCCGCCGAACUUCCUGCGGCGGCCCCGCCGAACGCCACCGCUCCAGGAGUCCAAGGUCUGCCCCGAUGGCAACGAGAGCCUGGGGCUGGGGCUGUGCCGCCCGCCGCCGGUGGCAAGCUCCUGCCCCCGGUUCAAGCUGCCCUUCUGCAAGCAGGCCAGCUCGGUUGGCUGCCGGCCAGGACGACCCCAUGCCGGCUGCGUUCGCCGCAGGACGAAGUACCCCAGCUUCUCGGAGUGCAAGUCGCACCCACUGCCCGACGUCCCGCCCACCCAGUGCUUCUGCAUCAACCAGCCGCCCAUGUGCGUGGUGUGGAACUACUACCGCAUGAAGAAAUCCUAGAUGCCUAAGAACUUGCCGAUUACCAUACAUCUGUUUCGAAUAAACAAUAGAACAGA